AUGUCGAUGACGGCGGGCAACAACUCGGUCACAUCGCAGUCGGACUAUUGGAAUGACGACUUUUUACCACUCCGAAAUGCGGGCAAAUCUAUCCUGAAGGUGCUUCGAAGCGACGAGACGUCAACUCAUGGCGAUCUCUAUCGCAGAAUUCUAUCUACUACUUCGACUACCAGCAAUACUAUUCCUAGUGAUGCAGAUCCCAUCAACCAUCAUUAUUUUUCUGAUGGAAAAUGGAAACACGCGCAAUCGAUGCCACUCCCGUCUUUCUUGCAAGAAAAGUUGGCAAAAGCAAAGCAAUAUAGCAUGAUGGGACUAUUUCCAGAAGCAGAACUGGCUUGGUUGACUAUUGAUGAUUCCAUUUACUUGUGGACCUUUACACGGUCUGCCGAUGGCGAACUGUUGUACUUUCAAGUACCAAGUCAACAACCGAUUGUUAGCGUCUUUCGGGAAUUGGUCGAGUGGUGUUUGGUUGUCACUACAAAAGAAGAGGCUAUGUUGUGCGCCUUGGCGAGAAAAGAGAACCAAGCGUUGAGCUUGAUUCGAACUAGAUUCGUUAUUCCAUCGGACUUUGUAUCAUUCAUCUCAAUUACAUCGACAAAAGCUGGUAGAAUCUUUUUGGGCGGUCAAGAUGGGAACUUGUAUGAGCUUGACUACGAUUUGCUGUUACAAGCACAGUAUGCGGCCGACGAUGCAGCGAAAACUCAACGUCAACUGGACAGUUUCUAUGACGCAAGUGCGUCUUCAUGCCCCGAGGUGCUUGUCGAGAAGCCCCAAUCUGCAGGGAUGAUCACUACAGGAAAGCGUGUCUUUGCUAGCGUGAUGGGUGCCAGACGACCACCCAGAAAAUGCCAGCGAAUUGAUCACUCCAAAUCGACGUUGUCGUCGUUCUUGCCAGAUUACAUCGAGAAGCUGAUAAGUUCGGCGUUUAGUACCAACACGACGACGGGUGGUGGACCAAUCAAACAGAUGGUGGUGGACGAUGAGAGACAAGUUCUCUAUACCUUGUCCAGCCGAGGAUGGAUAUGUGUUUUGGAUAUCGCUGAAGCCCCCAAAGUCACCCUCACCGCCGUUCUGGAUACUGCUACCACCGCAAGAUUAUAUCUCGAAGCUGUCAGUCGUGGAAAGAUGUAUCCGCCCCAAACAUACAACCAACGCGAAGGAAUCCUCAAGUUCCCUGGUGGGGGAGAAGCAGCCCAAGCUGGCGUUGGUGGCAUGGAAGGAGCUCGAAACAUUUUGAAGUUGGCCGAGACGAACAAAUCAAGCCGUCGAAGGUCGCCAUCAAACUCUAUCCUGACUCCAGUAUGUAUUGAGGUUGUCCCAAACAAGGAGAGCACGCGUAUUACUUUGGUUGCUGUCACUGCAGGCGGGAUUCGUUACUACCUAUCCAGUUUGACUCCCAACACGCUCAACGCCGGUCCUUCCCAAGUCCCGUUUGGGACACCUAGGUACCGAAGCCCUUGGAAGCCUCAUACAAAAUUGACUCUUUGUCACGUUCGCGCCCCACCAUCUAUGGACGAAAAAAUGGUGUCGACCACCAGUCACCUCCCUUCCGUUUCAAAGGAUCACCGUGUCGACGCUGCCUGCUAUCAAAUGGGUGUUUACUUUGUAGCAUUCCAAAAGACGGGUGGAAUGGAUAGCAACGCUGGUGAUAUUUUGGUUGCAACUAGUCCGGACUCUAUGCGACGAGUGAUUCAGCAAUACAAAAAAGAGAAUGUAGCCAAGACUACAGAAGUUGCUCCAGGAGGAGUUUGUGAAGCCGUCUCCUUUCCAAUGUCAAUGGGUGGUUCCAACAACCAAAUUGCCACAACCCUUCCUGGUGGUAGAGUGUGGGACAUUUGUCCCGCCUACUCAAGGCAGCACAAAAUCAUGUCUCUUGCCCUUCGGUCGAAAACACCAACCGAUACAGAGCUUGGAUUUGGAAUGGCGCCAGCAUACGUUCCACCGUCAAAGAGAAGAGGGAAAGAGCCAGCUCGCAAAGUACAGAGAACUGGCCCUGUUGUGGCUUCUACACUCGUAUCACAAUCAUCAUACAACCAUUCGAUGUCCUCUGUUGCUUUAACAGUAUUCUCGAAUCUAUUAUUCUCGCGUCCUGUUCGUGAAGGCCUUGCCGUUCAAAAACCAGUCGUGAAGCAAGAAGAACGAGUAUCGCUGUAUAGGGUGUCGAAACGGAGUGGUAGCGAAGGCUAUUCCUUAUCUGCAGCUGACACAAAAGCAAAAACUUCCGGUUCUUCGAGAUCAGCUCGGCUAAGUCCGUGGGUUUUGAGCCCUGAUGUUGUUCCUUUGAAUCCACUUGCGCUGGAGCACCUGAACAGUACUUCGAAAACAGUCAUUUCGCUGAAUGCAGGUGGUCUUCACUACUUCCAAUCGCCCUCAACUUUGCACCAACUUUCCGCCGCCAUCUUUGCCGCCGGCAGCAACGUGAAGUCUGAUCCUAAGGUUGACCAAUUCUUCAAAAGCUAUGGAUACGCUGAGGGUUGUGCAAUGUGCCUCCAGCUAGUAAUCCAUGCCGAAACAUCUCAAGACCACAAGGAGCUUGCAUUGAGGGCAGCCAUGAGUCGAGCUUUGCGUCCUGCACUUUUGCCAAUUCCAACCGACGAAAAUUCCGCGCAGCCUGUGGGACAGAAUGAUCCAUGGGUGCCUCAAGGAUACACAUACACGUCUUCAGCUCUAUGCGAUGCCCUUGCUAUGGUUCUUGCCAGACUGAUGCGUCCAGUUUGGCACAAGCCGGCUGUUGUUGUGACAGAGGGACGAACGCUCAAACGUGGAUACAAAUCCAGGGUGACACCAGCCAAGGUAGAAUUGCUCCUUGAGGAUGAUACGAUCGAAGAAGUUCGACGACCACUUGUGAUGCUCCAACAAGUAAUGUCUCGAGUUUUUGGAAAGGCCAUUGAGCAUGUCCCGCUUACCAGAUCAAUGAAGAGUUCCAACGAUCAAAUGGACGUCGAUGACGAGGAUAAUCACUUUUUUACAAGAGCUUUGGGAUAUCAAAGACGCGGUCAAGUGCAGUCAUUGUCGGAAUCAAUGUUACGCCCAGACGAAGCCGAACUACUGGCACAACAGAUUGAAGAGCGGGACAUUCAUUCUUUCUACAGAUUGUUGUCACGAACAGUUCAGCUUUUGGGAUUGCUGUCUCAUCUUCGACGAGCGCAUUCUAUGCCUGACAUGCCGGAGGUCGAAUGGGGUCUGCUUCAUGGCAUCACUUUGGAAAAGAUUGUUAGCACCAAAGAAGGACAAGAGAGAGUGGAAUCAGUUUUGAACAGUCUCAUCACGUCCAACGACAGCCUAAAGAGCGCGGUUCCAACACCAUCUGCCGAAGUUACUCAACUUGCUCAGACUUUCGCAGAUCAAUGCUAUCAUUUCUUUUCUCCUGGAUCGCGGUAUGCCUACAUCGGUUUCAAAUGUGCACAAGAGGCAAUGGCCCUUCCAAGCGGUCAGUCAAGACGUGCUGUAAUGGUGAAGCAAGCUGUAGAAGCCUUCAAGCAUGCCGCCAAAAAUUGGUACAGUGCACCGGUUAUCACAGGACGUUUGUUGCAAAGUGGGGAGUCCAGUGGCACCGAAGAGAUUGUGCAACGUGCGCGAGAAGGCGAUAGUCCGCUGGCAAAGGCCUGUGACCUGUUGGUUGAACUGGGAGAUGUGGCAGCAGUGGUGGAUAUUUGUUUGUUGACUGCGUCCAAUUUCACUGGCAAGAAAAGUACGGGAAUGGAGUUGGUAGACGCUUUCCCCAGCAGCUCACGAGUACACUCUUGGGAAAAAGGACUAUAUCAUCGACGACAAGAAAUGAAUACGCAGGGCAACGGACAAGGCUCGUCGGCGUUGGGAACCAACGUGACUUCAAAGGACGGAAACGAGACAUGUCGUGCCAUCAUCUUCUACCACUUGAGCAAACUCCUUGAUGCUCCUAUCCAAACACCCGAAUAUCAGUUGGGAGAGAGCAUGGUAUCUGUUUGCGCAUCGUCUUCAGAUAUGGAUUUCCUACACGCCUUCUUCAAUUACUUGUUUGAGAACAACCUCAAGGAUGUUCUUCUCAAAAUCGACAGUAGAGAUUUGCAGAAGUGGCUAGUCGAGCAAAAGAAGGACCAGCCGUCGUUACUGCUACGCUUCUAUCAUCUACAUGGAAAGCAACUGGAAGCAGCACAGGUGGCAUGGGAUCGUGCAAUUGGUACAACGCAAGAGCUAUCGCUGGAUGAGCGAGUGGAAUCGUUGGUACAAGCUUUGGAUUCCUAUGCUGCUGCGAUGAAUAAUAUGGGAGAAAACCAAGAGGAGCUAACCCGGAACAAGAAGAUGGUAGAGGAAAAGCUUAUGAUUGCAAGAUUGCAGGGUCGUAUUCUGCAAGCGAUGGAUUCGACCAAGUACGAAGUCAAGGAGGAGAACCUACUUGAGCUACGCAGUUCUCUCUUGAGUCCGAACGUUCUGUUCAACAAAUAUGCGAUGCCUUUUGAUAUGUUUGAGCUCUGUUUGCUUCUGCUUCACGUUUGUCGCCAUGAUGAUGCAAGCCACGUCAAGCAGUUUUGGAAGAGUCUCAUGUGUGACGAAAUCUUCCCUGUCUCCACUCGAAGCGAACGCGUAUUCCAAGCUCUUCGGGAAUUCACUGAUGGAUCCCUAUUGGACAACCCUGUGAUCUCACUUGUGGAUCAGUCCUCUCCCUCGAGCGAUGAGUACUUUGAAAGCGGUCGGUGGAUGAAGGGACUCGAAGGUCGCAUUGUUGCUUUGGGAAGAGAUCUGAUUGGAGCAUCGGCUCAAAACACAUUUCCCAUUGACUUCUUGAUUUCUAGCCUCGAACAAUUGCGGCUUGUUUAUGCAUCUGCUGGGUCUCCUAAUGCUGCCAAGGAAACUCAGGGGUGGGCGUGCUCAAUACUAGUUGCUGCCGGAGUUCCUUUCAUGGUUGCUCUCACAGCAUACGACCAGCUUGUUGAAAACGAGAAUCAUUUGACGAUGGGGGGCGUCGACACCAACCGUCGCCGAGAGCACCUUCAGAACAGUAUCAAAGUUUUGGAAAAUUUCGUCUCUACCGCGAGAGCUGGUCUCUAUGGAAACGAAAAUCCCGCUUACACCGAAAUAUGUAGAGCAAUGGCAUCUGGCAAUUUACAAUCUGGAUUGGAAGCCUUCAAAAUGCAGCUUCAGGCGCUACCUGGUGACGUAUCAGAAGAAGAAGAAAGACUGAAGGCAGUAGAAAACAAAACUCUCGAGUUCUAUCGCUAG